CUUCUUCUUCACUGUGAGAUUUGAACAGAAACAAAAACCCCAGCAAAACGAACUGAGAAAAUUUAAACCAGAAAGAAAAAAAAAAUAGUUAAGAAAGAAUUAUUAGGGUUUCUUCUCCUCCGAAUCAAAACCCUAGAAAUCGAUCUUCGCCCAAAAAUUGAGCAGUACCUGAGGAAUUUGGUCCAUCUUGGUUGUUGGUUGUGAGUUUUAGCUCUCAGAUCCGGGAUGGCGGAUCCGUUCAGUGAUGGGCCGGCGCUGACGGCGGUGAGGAGUGCGUCGAGGCGGAGGACGUCGGUCCGGUCCAGCCUUGAUGCCGAUGACUUCAUCAAUUUGCUGCAUGGGUCUGAUCCGGUCAAGGUCGAGCUGAACAGGCUUGAGAACGAAGUCAGAGAUAAGGAUAGGGAGUUGGGGGAGGCUCAGGCGGAAAUUAAGGCACUGAAGCUAUCGGAGCGCGCUAGAGAGAAGGCGGUGGAAGAGCUUACAGAGGAAUUGGCAAAGGUGGACGAGAAGCUUAAGCUAACUGAGUCUCUUCUUGAAAGCAAAAAUCUUGAAAUCAAGAGGAUAAAUGAUGAGAAAAAAGCAUCCAUGGCUGCUCAGUUUGCUGCAGAAGCAACACUUAGAAGAGUUCAUGCGGCUCAAAAGGAUGAUGACAUGCCACCAAUUGAAGCCAUUCUUGCACCGCUUGAGGCAGAUCUCAAGCUUGCUCGCCAGGAGAUAGCAAAUCUGCAGAAUGACAACAGGGCAUUGGAUCGCCUUACAAAAUCAAAGGAAGCUGCAUUACUUGAUGCAGAGAAGAGUGUUCAAAUUGCUUUGGCAAAGGCUUCUAUGGUGGAUGAUCUACUAAACAAGAAUCAGGAGUUAAUGAAACAGGUUGAAAUAUGUCAGGAAGAGAACAAGAUCUUGGACAAAUUGCACCGCCAAAAGGUUGCAGAGGUUGAAAAGCUUGGUCAGACUGUUCGAGAACUUGAAGAGGCUGUUCUUGCUGGAGGUGCAGCUGCGAAUGCUGUAAGAGACUAUCAGCGAAAAGUUCAAGAAAUGAAUGAUGAGAUGAAAAUCCUUGAUAGGGAGCUAGCCCGUGCAAAAGUUACAGCCAAUAGGGUUGCUGUGGUGGUGGCAAAUGAAUGGAAAGAUGCUAAUGAGAAAGUAAUGCCAGUUAGACAGUGGCUUGAAGAGCGAAGAUUUAUGCAAGGGGAAAUGCAACAACUUAGAGAUAAGCUCUCUGUAGCAGAACGAACUGCUAGAUCUGAAGCUCAAUUGAAAGAGAAAUAUCAAUUACGUCUGAAAGUGUUGGAAGAAGGGUUGAGAAUGUCAUAUGGUACCAACCGUGUGAAUGUAGAAGGUAGGAGUGUUAGCAAUGGUCCUUCUCGUAGACAAUCUCUGGGUGGAGCUGAGAGUAUUUCAAAGCUGUCCUGCAAUGGUAUUUUGUCUAGAAGAUCACCAUCUUUUCAACUUAGAUCUUCCUCUAGUGGCACUAGUACAAUAUUGAAGCACGCAAAAGGGUCAUCCAAAUCAUUUGAUGGUGGCUCUAGAUCACUAGCCGGAAGUAGAAUGGCUUUGAAUGGAAUAGGCUAUUCACUGGAUGAAUCUUUUGAUGAAACUAGAGAUGUUGAGCCAAACAGUAACCACAAGGAAACUCCAGAUGAGAAAACCAAUGAGUGUCCUAGUGUUGAUUCUAAUGAUUGUGUAUCUGGAUUGUUAUAUGACAUGCUGCAAAAGGAGGUGAUUACUCUAAGGAAAGCAUGCCUUGAGAAAGAUCAAAGCUUGAAGGACAAAGAUGAUGCUAUUGAGAUGUUGGCGAAGAAAGUAGAUACCUUGAAUAAAGCCAUGGACGUAGAGGCCAAGAAAAUGAGGAGGGAAGUAGCUGCUAUGGAGAAGGAAGUUACUGCAAUGAGAGGGGAAAAGGGCCAAGAAGGCAGGACCAAGAAACUAGUUAAUACCAAGGGUUCUGUAACUACUCAGUUACCUACUGGGAGAAAUGCUACACGAAAUGGAACAGCGCGCAAUUAUCAAUAACCUGAGGCUCUCAAAAUCGGAAGCAGGCAUCAAAUUCUCGAAAACGCUCCAAUGUUUCAGGUGCUUGUUUUCUUUUCUUAUAAGCAAUUUUAAUAGUGCUGUGCCAAACUCAAGAGUGGCCCUUUGGCCUUGAGAAGUUGAGAUGAAGGUGGAGAGGAGAGUUCCAGUGUACAUAUACAUGUGACAUGACCACUGACUGGCUUUAAUAAGCCAGUGGGGUGUGAUGUUAUAUUGCCAUAUAGCUCAGUAGCUGGCUGGGCUUAUCAAAUGCCUUUGUUUGAUAAGAUUAUUGUGCUCGCCUGGUUGUAUAGUUUGGUGGAUCUUUCAUUUCAACACGUAAUUUGUACUAGUGGGGUGGUUUGUUUUUGCCUUUUCUUUUUG